CUUGUAUUGUACGUAAAUUAUUAGUAGUAGGUAUGCAAUUAGUUAGCAUAGGCAUUAACACGCAAUAGGUAUACAGUUUAUUCAUCAUUGUCCACCAUCUAUAUUAAGUACCCAUUCAACUAGUAGCCUGCUGAAUAGGUACCCUUUUAAAUAAAGCCAAGUCUAGCCUCUUUGAUUGAUUGGUUAGAUCCGCUGAAUUUUGCAUUCCGUAAGCCUACUAGGAACUACAGAACUAUUAUUUUAGUGUGAAAGGUUGUCAGGAUCAAGUUGCUACCACAUAAUAUGUAGGCUUAGUAGGUUGACUGCGACCCCAGAAGAACUGCAAUCACCAUCAGAAAUAUAGUACAAGGAUUUUAAAACAAUUUUUAAUUUUAUAUCUAAUUUCAUUCAUGGAAUAGGUAAUGGGCGUACCGUUGUUCGAUUAAAAAAAAGGACACAGGAAGUUAGCGGUUACGGAUUGAAGGGCUUCAAAACGUAAAACCAAAGUAGGUCCUGUAUAGGCACCGAUAGGUAGGUACCGACGCGACGUAUCAACAGUUCAACACAGAUAAGCACAUAAAAUGCAUUCAUAACGAGCGUCUCAUCCGCCCACUGUCAUCAAUUCAUCAUACAUACUCGGGUUAGCUGAAUAACACCACCAUAUCCUGUUACGAAAACAACGACCAAUAAACAGAUAAAAAUUUAAAUCCUGCUAUCUACUUCUACGUAUGUUUAUUAUUCUUUCACGAAAACUACCUACUAGACGGAUUUUGAUGAAAGUUACAGAGAUAGCUGGUAGAUUAUUAUAAUAGUCUACUGGGGAUUAACACACGGGGUAAUAUUAAUCUCAGAAAUGCGGACAACGCCACUGACAGAAACUAGUAUACAACUAAUUAUAGGUCAUAUACUCAUAUAUUGACACAAAUCCUAAAUAUGUAUUCGUUUCUAAUUUCUAAAUAAUAUCGGGUAUUAGCACAUAGAUCUUUUAAAUGAAAACAUGUUGCCUUCAAGUACAUAAGUCAAUUUAAGUAUUGACAUCAAUAUCAAGGAAAUAGAGCAAGGAGAUACGUAGCUAGGUGUUUCUAAUUUAUUAAUACAACAGUAAGAUUUUACCAUACGUUUUAUUUGUAUUCGGAUACAGUGCAGAUAAGUUUGUUCAUGUUAAAGCCAUACAAUGGAGAAAGCAGUGAAGCCGAUCCUGUACGGAGAUGAAGCUUCACCGCCAGUAAGGUUUGCCAUGAUGACAGCAUCUUUAGCGAACGUUGAGGUUGAAUUCCAAAAAAUCGACCUUUUCCAAGGAGAGAAUCGAACUGAAUUCUAUAAAAAGAUAAACCCCUUUCAGAAGGUGCCAAGUCUUUCUGUAAACGGGCAAAAUAUAUGCGACAGUCAUGCCAUAGCUGUGUAUUUCUGCAGAAAGAGUUACAACAAAGAGCUGUACCCUGAUGAUAUCAUUCUUAAAGCCAAAAUAGAUGAAUGGCUUUACUUUGAUGCCGGCAUACUGUUUCCAAUUGAUAGUGCUAUAUUUAGCGACUUUUUUGCCGGUAAAUGGCCAGCUAACGAAGUAUUGAUUAAUAAGUGGUAUUUCGCUUUGGACCAUUGCGAGCUCGUUUUAGAGAAACAGAAGUGGCUUACUGGAGAUAAGAUACGCCUUUGUGACAUUUGUUGCGGGACGACCAUAAGUUCUCUUGAAAUACUGAUUCCUCUCCUGGAACGACACCAACGUUUGAAGGAGUGGAUGAGGGAAUUAAGAAAUCUUCCUUGUUUUGAAAUAAAUACGCGAGGUUUAAAACGCUUACAAGUCUUUGUAGAUGCUGUAAAAACUAGUAAUACACAAGUGAAUUGAUGAUGUUGUGCUGGCAGUUGUUUCGUAGAAAUAAAUGAAU